CCAUGUGAGGUAAUAUUCUUUAAAUGAGAAAAUUAAGGGGAAAAAAAAAGUUCGGCUGAGGACAAAAUUGGAAUUAGAAUUUUCCUUUUUCCCUCUGAAGAUAAUUUGUGGACUGAUGCGUGCUAGUUCAAGCAGAAUCGCCGUAGCCAUCUGAGCUUGAGAAUGAUUUCGCCAUUGAAACGAUGAACGAACUUUUGGCGAUGGCUUCUUCGCCUCUAUCUUCCUCUACAAGCCUUAAUCACCAUUUUCGGUCUGCACAUAAUCGGGGAAGAAAAUCAUGUUUUAGUGUUCGUCAGGAAACAAGCAUUGUUGAACCAAAGAACAACCAAGACAGGUCAAGUAAAAAGCAAAGUACCGCCAAGAUAGCCAUUAGUGAAUCUCCAAUAUCCAAGGAGAGCUGCCCCCCUCUGGUUAAUGCAUUGAAAAUUUCAGCAGAGCAAAAUGCAGCUCGUUUCCACUUUCCUGGGCAUAAUAGAGGACGAGCAGCGCCAUCGUCAUUUACUCAGCUCAUUGGUCUAAAACCAUUUAUGCAUGAUUUACCUGAGCUUCCAGAGCUAGAUAACCUCUUUUGUCCAGAGGGCCCAAUUUUAGAAGCACAGCAGCAAGCAGCAAAACUUUUUGGAGCAUUUGAGACAUGGUUCCUGGUUGGAGGAACCACAUGUGGAAUUCAAACUGCAAUUAUGGCAACUUGUUCCCCAGGGGAACAUAUAAUUAUUCCAAGAAAUUCUCACGUAUCAGUCAUAUCCGCCUUGGUUCUAUCUGGUGCAAUACCUAAAUACAUCAUGCCAGAGUAUGAUUCCAAUUGGGACAUUGCUGGUGGGGUUACUCCAUCACAGGUGGAUAAAGCAAUCAAGGAUUCAGAAAUGGAAGGCCAUAAAGUUUCUGCAGUUUUUGUUACUUCACCUACUUAUCAUGGCAUCUGCAGUAACCUAAGCGAGAUUUCCCAGAUAUGUCAUUCUUAUGGAAUUCCGUUGAUUGUGGACGAGGCUCAUGGGGCACACUUUGGAUUUCAACCUCAGAUGCCUCAUUCUGCACUCCAGCAAGGUGUUGAUUUGGUGGCUCAAUCCACCCACAAAGUUCUCUCAUCUCUUACUCAGUCAUCCAUGUUACACAUGUCAGGGAAUAUUGUAGACAGAGAAAGAGUUUGUAGAUGUUUACAAACACUUCAAAGCACUAGCCCCAGUUAUCUACUUUUAGCAUCAUUAGAUGCUGCCAGAGCUCAACUAAGUGAUAAUCCAGACAAGAUAUUCAACAAAGCGAUAGACCUAGCAAAUCAAGCAAAAAACAAGAUAAAUAAAAUUUCAGGUAUCUCUAUUCUAGAAGUUCCCAUCUUCUCCAACUCCCCUGCAAUUGAUCCAUUGAGACUCACUAUUGGUUUCCAGCAACUUGGUUUGUCCGGCUAUGAGGCUGAUGAAAUACUACACAAGAAUCAUGACAUCGUUUGUGAACUUGUUGGGACCCAAUCUAUUACUUUUGUCAUAAACCUCGGAACAUGUGAAGAUGAUAUUGAGAGGCUGGUGUCAGGCAUUGAGGAUGUGAGCUCUCUUGCAUCAAUUCUAAGAAUUGAAGGAAGAAGCAAACUUAGUACUUCUGCACCUUUCCCUGACAUCAAAAUCGUCUUGAAUCCUAGAGAUGCCUUUUUUGCAAAGAAGAGGAGAGAGAACAUUAAAGAAUGUGUUGGAAAGGUGUGUGGGGAGCUAAUAUGUCCAUACCCGCCCGGGAUUCCUGUAACAAUCCCCGGUGAGGUUAUAUCCGAGGAAGUUUUGGAUUAUCUGCUGCAUCUAAAAAGCAAAGGUGCUUCUAUAAGUGGUGCAUCUGACCCUCAACUGUCUUCCCUACUUGUAUGCAAUGUUUAGAAGACAGCGCAAAAUAAUUGAUGAAGUCCCUACAUGAACCGGUUCCUGAUGGUUGGAGUAUAAUACAAAUUUGCAGUGUUUAUGGAUAUCUGUAUUGGAUUGGGGGGAAGUAUUAGUGAUAACUCUUGUUGAUGUUCUCCUUGUACGGAGCGAUCAAGGAAAAAUGGAAAAUUACGAGGAGGGAAUAAAUCUUCUGGGAAUGAAGUCAGACUCCUGGUUUUAUCAUAAUGGUGACACAAUGCAUUUGAGGCUAUUCAGCAUGUGUUUGUUGCAUGAAAUAUCAUGGGACAUUCAUCUUUUCACUUGGGCGUCAGUCAGGUGAUUGCAAGUAUAGCUUUUAGAUACCAUCAUUCACCCUAUUACAUACAAUUUCCCUUCACCAAAUUUUGCUCUUGACCUAGCUUGUUGAGAGAGGUUACAUUUGUUUCUGAAUCAGAUAUCUAUGGAAGAACAGUUACAAAUUUUGUGAAC